ACAGCGCAGCGAACAGACCGAGAAGAACUAGCAGAUUAAUAGUCAAUCUAUAUAACCGACCCGAGAUCGUCGUUUUAAACACAGCGUCAGCAUGAAGGCAAUAAGUCCAGUGCGGUCUUUCCGGAAAAGCGGAGCGAGCAUGACGGAGCAAAGCCUGGGAUUGGCACGGAGCAAGCCCCCCGCGGACGAUCCCCUCAGCCUGCUCUACAACAUGAACGACUGCUACUCCAAGCUCAAGGAGCUGGUACCGAGCAUCCCGCAGAACAAACACGUGAGCAAAAUGGAGAUCCUGCAGCAUGUCAUCGAUUACAUCCUGGACCUGCAGAUCGCCCUCGAUUCACAUUCCGCGAUCAGCAACCUGCAUCACCCCCGACCCGGCCAGGGCACGUUCAGAUCCCCUCUCACCACCAUCAACACAGACAUCAGCAUCCUGUCCUUACAGACGCCAGAGUUUCAGUCAGACUUGAUCACAGAGGACAGCCGGACACUUUACCGUUAAUCAGGUGUUUGUUUAAGACCUGAACACACAGGACCCGGGAAGCCAGUUUCCCCCUGAAAUUUACUCCUCGCCUGGAUUUCACCCCCUCACCCUCCACCUUUCCCUCACCUGAAUGAGAGGCAUCUGCGUCUAAAGGACAAUGUAUGUGAUGUGUCGGUUUGGACGUUGUUUAUUUAUCUAUGGACUCCUUUUUAGUUUUUUUUUUUUUUUCUUUCUUUUUCCUUCGAGAAGAUUAAGAAGCACUAUAUUCCUGGAACCAUGAGGUAAACCACGAUGGCACCAAUUUCUUCUUCAGAGUGAGAGGACUGCUGUUUUGCUGAAGAUGGCAAUGUGAAUAGAAGCUCGAAUGCUUUAUUUACUGUACAAAGUUUAGUCUGUAUCUCAUUUUUUUUUUUUUUUUUUUUGUCGGGACUGGAUCUGACCUGAGCGCGUGAAACCUCAUGAACUCUCUCUCUCUCUCCAAGUUAUAUCUUGUAUAGUUGCAGAAAUUGGACUUCCAAGCUGCAAAGUGUCAUGCUGUAUUUAAUUAUGCUGAAACUUUUUAUAAAAGUAAUUGUAAAUUGUAACUUUUAUAGAAAAUUAAUAAAUCAAAUGCUUUAUUUGAA